AUGGCUGAGUUGUUGCAAGUGCCCCUGAAAAAACCAUCAGAAAUCGAUGUAGUUAAACCUUUCCAAAAUGUGAUACAAUCGAGAUUUAGUACGGCCGAUGAGCCUGUCGAUUAUUCGGAUGCUAUAAAUGAAUUUGCGAAGAUCCGAAGUAAUGCUAUCUGGAAAGCCUUCGAGAAGUACGAGAGCUCUUUGGAUAUUAUUUAUGGAUAUUAUGAUCAAUUGGCCUCUAUUGAAUCGAAGAUACCACCUAAUGAGCUCCAGAUCCCCUUCAAAUGGAAAGAUGCCUUUGACAAAGGGUCGAUAUUUGGAUCUAGACAAAGUUUGACUAUCUCUUCCCUUAGUUAUGAAAAAAUUUGCGUAUUGUUCAAUAUUGCUGCUCUUCAAAGUUCUGUCGCAGCUAACCAAAGUAUUGAGAGCGAUGAAGGUCUGAAAUUGGCUGUCAAACUUCUCCAGCAAUCAGCUGGUAUUUUCCAUCACCUUAAAUCUACAGUGAUGCUUUCAAUUCAACAAGAUCCUACACCAGAUUUGAAUCCAGAUACUUUGGGGGCUCUGUCUGCUCUGAUGUUGGCACAGGCUCAAGAGAUUUUUGUCCACAAGGCAAUCCAUGAUAAUAUGAAAGAUGCCAUUGUGGCUAAGUUAGCAUCUUCCUGUGAGGAUCUUUAUAAUGAAGCUUUGAAGAUUUUCCAAAGAGAGAAUCUCAAACCACUUUGGGACAAGGAGUGGAUUCCAAUUAUUGCAGGUAAGCAAGCUGGAUUUCACGCUAUAGCGGAGUUUUACCAGAGCUUAGUGUGCAGGAAUCAAAAAUUGAUAGGUGAAGAACUUGCCAGGUUACAACAUUCCGUAGAACUCUUCAAGGCAUCCCAUCAAAGGUCUGGAAGGACCUUGUUCAACAACAUAUUCCUGAAGGCCCAAAGGAACCUUGCAGAGGCCACGAAAGACAACGACUUCAUCUAUCAUGAAAGAAUUCCCGACGUUAAGACUCUGGAACCCUUGGGAAAGGCUCAGCCGGUGAGACUCUUCCCUGUUCAAACGCCCAUGAGUCAAAAUUUCAAAGAUCUCUUUGGCGAACUUGUACCAGUGGCAGUACACCAAGCUCUGGCAGCUUACGAUCUGAGGAAGCAAGAACUUGUCAAUGCUGAAAUUGGACGGCUCAGGGAGUCAACUCAAGUGCUUAAUGGAGCUUUGACGGUAAUGAAUCUACCAGCUUCUAUUGAGAUGACUGAUGGUAAAAACCUGCCGCCAUCUAUUAUAGAGAAGGCAAAUGCCGUGAGUGACCUAGGUGGAUAUAGCAAGCUACAAACGUUGAUCGAUGAGCUUCCCGAACUGUUGAAGAGGAACAAAGACAUACUAGACGAGACCGACAGAAUGUUGAACGAAGAGCGAGAAUCUGACGAUUCCCUAAGGGCUCAAUUCAAGGAGAAAUGGACCAGAACGCCCUCUAGCAAACUCACCGAGAUGCUAACCUCAAAUUCUGCCAAGUAUCGCCAGUUGAUAAACAACGCGAUAAACGCCGAUAAGAUCGUACGUGAGAAGUUCGAGAAACAUAGACAAGGAAUGAUGAUGCUUAGUAAGCCCACUUCUGAAUGGGAGGGUGCGAUACCAAGGGGCAAUUCCGAAGAUUGUCUCAAUUGUGGCGCAGUCGAUACUCUCAGGGAUUUGAUGGAAGAGGUUGAAACUUUGAAAGCAGAGCGUGAUGUGAUCGAAUCCGAAUUGAAGAGUGGCGCCAUCGACAUGAAAGACAAGUUUAUGGCCGCUCUGGCGCAAGAUGGCGCCAUAAGCGAACCCGCCCUGUCUGUGGAACUACUCGGGGAAUCCUACGGUCCCUUACAGAAACAAGUUAGGGAGAGCAUCGAGAAACAGGAUGGGUUGAUCCAGAGGAUUACGGACGCCAAUGCUCAGUUCAUGCAAGAAAGGGGUUCUACCGCUGGCAAGAGAGAGGAGAUGAUGAGCUCAUUGGCUGGUGCACAUGACGCUUUCAGGGAGCUUCUGAACAAUCUGCAAGAAGGGACCAAAUUUUACAAUGAUUUGACUCAAUUACUUGUGGCGUUCCAAAAUAAGGUGUCGGAUUAUUGCUUUGCCAGGAAGACUGAAAAAGAGGAGCUGCUGAAGGAUCUCACCCAGGAGUCUAGCAGAAGCACGGCUCCUGUGCCUCACUCUCCUUUCCCUAGUGUCGAUACUUAUGCGAAGAGAGAUAGUCCUACCACUCCGCCACAAAACCAAGCAGGUUCAGCUCCACAAGUUCCCCAACCAUCGCAAGGCGGUAACCUUCCAUAUCCGGUGCAGGUACAGGGCAUGCCUGUACCCUUUGCCCCUCCCGCUAACACGCCCUAUCCGGCGUAUGCAGCUCCACCCAUGCCUCAAGGUUACAAUCCCUAUGGUACCUUGCCUUAUCAAAAUUACAAUUACCAGAGCGGUUAUCCACAAAAUCCUGGCUAUUCAGGACAACCUCAAGCCUAUCCACCAGGCACUUACCCACCUCAGGGGUACUAUCAACAACCUCCUCCUCAAGGAUAUCCUCAACAGCCACCCCCUGGAGGUUAUCCUCGUCAGUGGUAGAUCAAACGAUUCAUUCGGAUUGAAAUAUCUUCAAGCGCUGAUAGGGUUAUGAAGUUUUUAGAUAUUCAAACAGUUAUGCAUCAAUAUAUAAGUAUAUUUGUUUCAUAUUAGCUUUGUAGUAACAUUUGAUUCGUUAAAAAUGGAGCAACGUUGAUGGAUAAUGCUAUAAGAGCUUCGAGAAACAUGGUUAACAUAUUAUGAACUUUUUUUUUUAAGUAACGUCGAUUUGAUAAUGUGACUCAGUUGUAUGUUAAUUUUAAUAGUCUGUUGCAUUUUUAAAACAAAGUCUCAAAUGUUUAUUGAUAAAAUCGUUUCAGAAUUAACAAACUUAUAGAAAAUAAUUUAAAUAUGUUUUCACAUGGUACCUAGUUAUCUCUAUUUUUAUAUAUUGUGCUAUUUUAUAGUGUUAUUGAAUAAAAUGGCCAUUGAGUUA